AUGGCCCGUCCCAUCAUCGACGGGCAUCGCCGAUGGUGUGCUGCGGUUGCAUCGGAGAUCAUCAUCCGACGGGUGUGGAGCAGUUGGCGUUACAGUCUUGAUGAUCGCCGCUUCAAUGGGGUUCCGGUUGAAUAUAAGAUGGCUGACAUGGUGGCUGACUGGAUUGUUGACCAGUCAAAACCCAGUCUAGAGGACUAUACACAUCUAACAAUUAUCUCUUGCAUGAGGCGUUGCAGUCAGCUGCUCACAAGCUUGCGUAUGACAACAGAAUCUGCACUGCUCUACAUAGACCAUCCUUGCUCGGUUUCAAUGGCUGCUGAGGUCCAGCAUGUGAUAGCUUUUGCCAAGGAAUUCCUUGCUAACAAGUACAAGGAUUUUAAUAAGUUCAAAAGUGAGUUGAUGAACAUUUCUCUUUCUGGGAUUGAAGCCAUCUUUUCAAGUACUGACAUACAUAUCAAAUGUGAAAAUGACUUAUAUUACUUUAUGCUGGAGUGGGCCCGUACAAGAUACCUAGAUUCAGAGGAAAGACGUGAGAUCUUGAGUUCUCGUUUACUUCCACUGGUUCGCUUUAGUCAUAUGACACGUGCAGCGUUUGUGGAGAUCCUUACAUGCACUGAUAAUGAUAUAGAGCAUGAGCAAGUAACUAAGCGAAUUACUGAGGUACUUCUAGACAAAGCUUACCCAAGACAGAUGGAAGGUGCUCUUACUACACAAACCUGUCAGCAAUUUGCUGAGCGAGCUUACAAGUGCAAACCUGUGAAAUUGGUUGUUUUUUAUCGACCCCGCCCACAGGUUACAGUUUACCUGGAUCUAACGCGCGAGGAGUGCUCUCGAAUCUUCCCGUCUAAACAUAUAAACUCGCACUGCUUCUGGCUUGCAGGCUGGCGCUUUUAUCUCAAGGCAUCAUGUGAAAUGAAUGAGCAGAGGAAGUUGUGCACUUUUGGCCUCUGGGUAGGAGUCCGUGAGAAUCCGAAGGGCUCAACAGAUUUGACCGUAGAUAUUGAGCUUGCUGCAAGGGUUGGAUCGUCAGGAAAAUUUGUAAGCGAGUUGGAAGAUACGUUUACCUUCAAUUCGUCAGAUCGGUUAUAUGGAUGCAAUGAUCUUUUUGACAUGCCAUGGUCGAUGUUCAUUGCUGACGACGACGUCUUCAUCGACGGUGUGCUGCAUCUGAGAGCUGAUUUGGGGGUGGCGGUGGGGCGGCCGGAAUUACAGUCUUGGCGAUAUCUCACUCAGCAAACUUAA